UCCCUUUAAAUAAGCCCUAAAUUCACCGCUAAGGCACUCAUAAAUCAUAAUCUUACAGUAUCCAGAAAUGGAGAAAACACAAAAUCCCAAAACUCUAUCCUCCAUAACCACCGCCGAUGAUUUGGUCGACCGACAGAGAAACUGGGACGGCCAGAGCCUCGUCAAACACGAAGGCAUAUGGUAUCCCGAAUCCGCACUCCCAUCGAUACUGUCGGCCCGGACCAACUUCGGAGCCAAAGACGGUGACGUAAUACUGACGUCACUUCCCAAGUCAGGGACAACAUGGCUGGCUGCCUUAGCAUUUUCCAUAGCCAAACGCGGUCUUAUCCCGCCGGAGCAGAGUCCACUCCUCACUGCCCACCCACAAGAGAUCGUUCGAAAUCUCAACUGGAACGAAGACAACCCUAACCUCGACGAAAUCCCAAGCCCCAGAGUCUUCUACACGCACGCGCCGCACGUGAUGCUUCCCGAUUCUGUCCGAGAAUCAGAUAACUGCAGAAUUAUUUAUAUUUGCAGGAACCCUCUCGACCGGUUCAUUUCGCUUCGCCAUUUCUUGCUCGCGAACCGGGUGGCGAAGGAGGGGGCGCCGCCGCCGCCGCUCGCCGUCGACGAGGCUUUCGACAAGUUUUGUCAGGGGAUUGACGUAUUCGGACCGUUUUGGGAUCACAUUCUUGGAUAUUGGAAGGAGCAUUUGGAGAAUCCGAGGAAGUUGCUGUUCUUACACUACGAGGAGAUGAAGGAGGACCCACUCGGGCAUGUCAAGAAGAUUGCUGAAUUUCUAGGCUGUCCCUUUACCGCUGAGGAAGAAAAACAAGGCAUAAUUGAAGAAAUCUCAAGAUUAUGUAGUUUCGAGACUCUAAAAAAUAUCAAGGCAAACACCGAAGGAUAUGUACGCGGGACAUUCAAAAAAUCAACUUACUUUAGAGAAGGUAAAGUUGGCAAUUGGAGUAAUUAUCUUUCGCCGACCACGGCCCAAAAAAUGGAGAGGAUGAUAGAAGUCAAAUUUAAAGACACAGGCCUUAAUAUAAAAACGAAAUUCCAUAUCGAUGAAGGAAUGACUUAAAUAUGUUUAUAGUGAGAAUGGUUAGAAUGCUAAUAAGGGUUAAUCACCAUUAACCCUAAUGAGUAUUUGAAAUAAAAUUACAUACAUGAAUGAACAUUUCAUGUGCUGUAAAAGUUGUUAGCAUGUGUAUGUCUUGUUCUCUUUUUUUUUUUUUUUGGUAUUAACAUGUCUAUGUAUGUUUUGAGAUCAAUUGGAAGAUGUAUUAUGUGGAGUAUUGUUAUAUUUUGUC